AUGCGCAUGCGUAAAAUGUUCCUGCAGCUCCUGGGGCUGCUCUGGGCAGCCACUGCACAGGACACGGCAGACAUUGGCAUCUGCUACACGCGCAACAACGCCCGAGACGCGAACCGCCGCACCGUGAAAGAUAAUUUGAGGAAAGUACUGGUCGCGGCGCAAAGCGUGCGGCGCCACGAUUCUAGUUUACCUCUAUGCCUCUUUACCGACUUAGAUAAAGACACUGUAGAAUCGUAUGCCGGCCCCUUGUUUCGGCACAUCCUGCCCGACGGCUUCUCCACUUUCAUGCCUCGCUCCGAGGCGGAGAAAGCGCUGGUUAGCGGCGACUCGCUAAGUCGCGCGAAGCUGCGGAGUCGCUUGGGCCGCAUCUUGAACCUGGCGCGGGCGCCCUACGCUCUUACGUUGUUCUUGGAUGACGAUACGUUCGCAUGCCUGCCGACGAACGGCGCGACGGGCGUCAGGGGCGCCCUGCGAGCGCUUCAAUCGAGGGCCGGGAUGAAGGCGUACCGCCACUACGAUAUCAGGGCCCACACCUUCGCGAAGCACCGGCGGGAGAAGAUCGCGUUGCGGGACGCCCACGAGUGCGCCUGGGCCCUCGCGAAGGACGGCAGCCGCCUCGGCGCCGGGUUGGAGGCGCACUGCUACGACGCGUUGAUGCAAGGCGCGGACUCAGCGUCUGUUUCCGCCCUUUUCCGAACAGUGAAGUUGCGUCGACAGCGUCGUCGCGGUGCCACACCGCGGCUCGUGAGCGAACGGAGAUGGUUCCGUGCCACGCAGGCGCGUCCUUCUGCGGCGGCGUGCAAGGUGGCGCUUUGGCCGUGACGCCGGGGCCCCGCCUCUCGAAAUUCUCGGAGGACUGGGCCCGGGCCUACGUCGACUACUACUCCAGCUCCAAGGGCGACGAAACGUCCAGUAGUUGGGGCGGCGACCAGGCGCCGCUCGCAGCUUUGAUGGACGCGCACUGCAACGCCCAUCCGGAGCUGGCCCUGCCGAGCGGCCCCCAGAAUAAUACGUCAGCCGAGAAGUGGACGGUCGGCGCGUUACCUUAUGCUCUGAACGUCCGAGACGCGUCGGAGCGGCCUUCCGAUGCUACCCUGAAAUGUACCGUGCCGCUCAUGGGCCCCAUGCUUGUAUUGCAUCAAAAGCGCUACCUGAAAGAAUAUUUAGGGACGCGCGAUCGCUUGGAUAGCGUCUGCGCCACCACCAAUAAAGGAUACGCGUGGCUCUCGGCGAACGUCACUUCAGCAAUAGAAGGCAAGCGCUGCAAGUGGAUGGGCCGGCCCGAGGUCAACGCUACUGAUAGUACGAUGAGGCCUCGAAGGGGCCCGCGGCGGCAGGCCGUGCGCACGAGUGAUCGGGAGGUGGCGCUGGCGCGCAUUGCCGCGGCGGAGGACCUGCGGGAGCGGCAAAUCCAAGAAGCGCACGAGCGGCGGCGGCGGCGGAAGCGCGGUGGCCCUCCUGUGCCGAGAGCGCCCGCUCCACGAGCGACGUCGCUGUCGAUGCGGAACCGGCAGAAGCGGAAGGAACGGUUAAAUAUGCGCCGCGGCGCGGAGUCGGUGGCGUACGAGGCGGUGGCUUUGGCUUGA